AUGGAUUUCACAGAAGCCUAUUCUGAUCGAUGUUCUGCUGUGGGGCUUGCUGCCAGAGAAGGAAAUGUUAAAAUGCUGAGGAAACUAAUUAAGCAAGGAUACAGCAUCGACGUUCCAGAUAACAGGGGGUGGGUGCCAAUCCAUGAAGCAGCAGCUCACAAUUCGAGUGAAUGUCUGAGGGUGCUUAUUGGUGCAGCUUCAUCUGUUGAUCACAUAAACUCAAAGACGUUUGAAGGGUUGUGUGCGCUGCACCUUUCAGCACGUCAUGGCUCUCUAGAAAGUCUUCGUGUUCUUCUGGAAGCUGGGGCUGACCCCAAUGAAGUUACCACUGAAGCAACCACCCCACUGUUCCUAGCUGUUGAAAAUGGACAUACCAACACUGUAAAGUUUCUGCUCCAACAUGGUGCAAAAGUUGAAGGACCUCAUUCUUGGUCUGGAUGGAAUUCUUUGCAUCAAGCUUCUUUUCAGGGAUUCACUGAGAUAAUGGAAAUACUCCUGGAGAAAGGGGCAAGCAAGGAAUGUAAAGAUGACUUUGGAAUUACACCUUUAUUUGUGGCCGCUCAGUAUGGACAGCUGGAGAGUUUAAGACUGCUUGUAUCCCAUGGUGCAGAUAUAAACUGUCAAGCCAAGGACAGAGCCACUCCUCUGCUGAUAGCUGCUCAGGAGGGCCACACCCAGUGUGUGGAACUGCUGUUGGCCAAAGGGGCAGACCCAAAUCUGUACUGCAAUGAGGAUAACUGGCAGUUACCGAUUCAUGCGGCAGCUGAAAUGGGCCAUGAAAAGAUAUUAGAGUUGCUGAUACCAGUUACUGAUCGGAUUUGUGACAAAGGCAAAGGCAAAGUGAGCCCCGUGUAUUCAGCCCUGUAUGGUGGUAAUAAAGGAUGUCUGGAGAUGUUACUCAAAGCAGGCUAUAGUCCAGAUGCUCAAGAGUGCCUUAGCUUUGACUGUGCAUCACCCAUGUGUAUGGUCUUCCAAAAAGGAUUUUUUCAUUUCAUUGAUAUUCUCCUGAAAUAUGGGAUCACCUUACUUGGGAUUAAUUUGGGAUAUUGCCUGUUCCAUGAGAAGUUUCCUUUGUUUCAACGCUUCUUGAAGCUGGGUUGUUCACUACCUUCUGGGGACCAAUUACAAAAGUUCAAAAAAUACACUGUUAAAGUUCAUAAGGAAUACAAGGAAUGGCUGCCUCACCUGCUUUUGGUUGGUUUUAAUCCAGUGAAUUUAAUGUGCAGAUUCUGGAUUUUCUUGGUGAGCAAGGAUGCCCUUAAUUUCAUGUUGGAGUUCACAAACUGGAAGAGGCUUCCUCCCACUGUAGAGAAAGACCUUUUGGACUACAAAGAGAAAUUUGCCUGGACUCCAAAAAGCCAUUUUGCCUUCAUUCCUUCCCUGUCUCAUCUUUGUCGUCUUGAGAUCCGGUCCAUUUUAAUGAGUGAACGCCUGCGCUCGGACCGCUUUAUCCGGGAGCUGCCAUUGCCAGCUUGCCUCCAGGACUACCUUCUCUACUUAGAUGUCCUGCGACUCAACAAUAUCCCUGAAGUGGAGGAUUUUCUGAGGCAGAGAGAGGAGGGAGCUCCCUCUACCAGCCACUCCAGCACUAAAGAUGAAGAGAGCAGAGACGCCUGUAACACUGGUGCUAGGUGAUGGUGCUGUCAGUGACUGAACUCUGUGGCUGUGGAUUUUGUAAUGGCAGUUAGCAGACACUG